CCGGUGUUCAGGCACGCUUUUUAUUUAUGUGCGGAUUUAUUAUCAAUCUGACUAUGAUGUGAUUUGUGAUUGUGAUCAUAGGCACGUGCGUGGUCUCCCCAAAGAUUUUGACCUCAGUUCUUUCAGCGAGAAAAAGAGUCGAACACUACAUACUUUCCGCCACAACAAGAUGAAUCCGAUUGGAAAACAAGGCACCGAGCAAGGGCCGCCCAUGGUGCAGAUCCUCUCCGGCGAGCUUCCUCAAUCGGAGCAGGUUUCUGGUGGUCAUUUUGCAAAUCAGUUUCCUGUCUCUCCCCUCCCGGUAUCCGAAAAAACAGGGGAUGUGCCCGUCGAAAGUCUCAGCUUGUACGCACGCGGAGUAGAAAUUCCAAAAGAGCAACUCAUCGGCGCCAGUAACCCAGACGCAUUCUACAACCCUGGGCAAGGUAAGAAGUACAUGAACAUGCGGCUGUGAGGACCCCUUUGAUUCUGAAAUGUCGAACUGCUGCAAAGUGAUUUCUCUUUCUUUUCGUGAAGCUGAAGGACGAGAAGUGCCUCGAUGACGUAUUGAUCCAGCUUUUCCCAGACAAAUGAAACCAGGUGCCAUGCCUCCGCCGCCCGACCGCACGAUCUACGCGGAGAAUAAAAACGCGAGGUAUUUCGUCUGGGGUCUAGGUGCCUUGGGAGUGCUUCUCAUUAUCGUCGCCCUUAUCGUUGGCGCGGUGGCAGGCUGGCGGUCGGCGGGAUUUUGGGUUCUCCUGUCAAUAGGGUGCGCGCUUGUUGCGCUGUUUCUUGUCUGCGUGCUCUCAGGGUUAGGAUAGUGAUGGAUUAUUCUCUUUUUGCUUUUCUCGCCAUGUUGUUUUCAGAGAAUAAAAAAAGACCGAGCCAGACAAAUGUUUCGCUUCCCUGAGCUAAACCUGUUUCGAAGACAAUGACAGACAAGUACCAAAAUCUUUGCUUCCGCUGUCUAAUGUUAAUCUCAUCGCUGAUGGCGGAGGGCAUGUUCGGG